AUGGUUCCCUCCUCCAAUGCCGCGAACGAUUCGGAUACUCGAAAUUUAGACACUUACGAGGCCACCCACAAUCAAAAGACAAGAGAGAACCCGUAUAUCCCACCUACCCACAAUGUGAGCUCUACAAAAUACGUGCCACCGUCGCUGCGAGGGGAUAUCAGCUCGAAAGACUCCACGGCUCUUAAACGGCAACUGCAAGGAUAUCUCAACAGACUAACAGAAUCAAACCUGCACGGCAUCAUAAAAGAUGUUGAGAAGAUCUAUGCUUCCCAAGCCCGGGGUCAAGUUACCACUUCUCUCGUUGAUGCCAUAAUGGCACAAGUAUCUAGCACGGCUACGCUUUCCGACUCAUUCUUCGUUCUUCACGGAGGAUUUGUCGCGGCCCUCUACAAGACCGUGGGUGAGAGUUUCGCGUCGCACAUCGUCACCCGUGUGGUGGGGGAUUUCCGUCACGAGUAUCUUAAAGCUAGCAGUGAGAUUUCGGGCGAAGUGGGCAAGGCCCUGUCUAAGAUGACGUCUAAUCUUGUCACAUUCAUCGCGGAGCUCUAUGUGUUUCAGGUUAUUGCCUGCAACCUGAUAUUUGAUCUCGUUCGAUUAUUCACGAAUGAGCUCUCGGAGCUUAACACUGAACUUCUUCUGCGAGUUGUUCGCAUGGCUGGAAAACACCUUCGAAAAGAUGAUCCCCAAGCGCUCAAAGACGUUGCUGGAAAGUUGCAAUCACUUCUCGUUGCUGCGGACAGGAGUCGUAUCACAGAGAGGACGAGCUCAGGAGAGGACGAGGAUCUCGAUCGUUUCUUUCCGGAUUAUGGCAAGGCUGCCAAAGAGCAAGGGUUGAAAACGGAAAGCCAGCAGGCCAUAUUCGCAGCUAUCGCCGGUGGGUGUAACCCAAACGACGCUGACCAACUGUGGCAAGUGUUCAGGCAACUCGGAGAGUCCGUCUUUGAUGAUGAAGAGAAUGAAGACCACGAAGAUGAGACUUUUGGCCAAGAAGAUGCGCGAAUAGCAAACGUUGGCCGUCAGGCGACCUUUGGAUCUGAGGAGAAAGACUUGGUCAUUAUCGGAGGAGGAGUUGCGGGCUAUGUCGCUGCCAUCAAGGCAGGUCAAGAAGGGCUCAAGAUUCAGCACGACACAAAGAACCGAGGCAUCGAAGUAGGCGAUGUCAAAUUGAAUCUGGCGCAACUCAUGAAGGCGAAAGAUCAGUCUGUGUCAAGUCUCACAAAAGGCAUUGAGUUUCUCUUCAAGAAGAACGGCGUCGAGUAUAUAAAGGAGCCGGCUCGAAAGAAUAUCCUCAUUGCCACCGGUAGCGAGGCCACGCCUUUCCCGGGUCUUGAAAUUGACGAGAAGAGAGUUAUCACUAGCACCGGCGCACUCUCGUUAGACAAGGUGCCAGAGUCAAUGAUUGUCAUUGGCGGUGGCAUCAUCGGCCUCGAAAUGGGUUCCGUCUGGUCGAGGCUAGGAGCCAAGGUGACAGUUGUUGAGUUCCUUGGCCAGAUCGGAGGGCCUGGGAUGGAUGCCGAAGUUUCGAAGGCGGCGCAGAAGCUUCUCAAGAAGCAAGGUAUCGAUUUCAAGCUCAACACGAAGGUAGUCGGUGGAGAUGCGAGCGGAGCCCAGGUAAAGUUGGAGGUCGACGCCGCUAAGGGCGGGAAGCCGGAAACUCUCGACGCCGAAGUCGUAUUGGUCGCGAUUGGUCGCCGACCUUAUACUCAGGGCCUUGGCCUCGAAAACAUCGGUAUGGAACUAGACGACCGCGGUCGCGUCAUCAUCGACUCGGAGUAUCGUACAAAGCUACCGCACAUUCGAUGUGUCGGCGAUGUCACCUUUGGCCCGAUGCUUGCUCACAAGGCUGAGGAAGAGGCGGUUGCAGCUAUUGAGUACAUCAAGAAGGGACAUGGCCAUGUCAACUAUGGUUGCAUUCCAUCAGUCAUGUACACCCAUCCCGAAGUCGCGUGGGUGGGUCAGAAUGAACAAGAGCUGAAGGCGAAGAAUAUCCCCUUCAAGGUGGGCACGUUCCCCUUCAGCGCUAACUCGAGGGCGAAGACAAAUAUUGAUAGCGAUGGCUUUGUCAAAAUGCUCGCUGAUCCAGAAACCGAUCGCCUCCUCGGCGUUCAUAUCAUUGGGCCUAAUGCCGGGGAGAUGAUUGCGGAAGGAACCUUGGCCUUGGAGUAUGGAGCAUCAACCGAGGACAUCGCUCGGACGUGCCAUGCCCAUCCCACUUUGGCGGAAGCUUUCAAAGAGGCAGCCAUGUCUACUUAUUCGAAGGCCAUUCACUUUUAA